CAGAGCAACAUUUUAUUAUUGAGGACGAGUUUCCAUCUGACCAGCAGCUCUGGAACCUUGAGAGGAACCCCAGUCUGGACCAAGAGGAGCCAGAACCUCCACAGGUUAAAGAGGAGGAGGAGCACUGCAUCGGUUUGGAAGUACAGCAGCUCGUACUGAAGCAGGAGGAUCAAGUUAACGUUUUGUUAAAUCCUACUCUCAAGGAAAGUGACCACAGUGAACCAGAACCAAGUGACCACCAGCUCCUGUCCCACAGCUCAGCUCAGAGCCAAGAUCUCAACGAACGCAAGCAUGGAAACUCAAAAUCAGUUAAAAAUGCAGAGCAGGCAUCAGAAAAGGAACAUCAUGUCAUCACAAGAGUAAAAGAGAGGACAAGUCCCAGUAACCUUGCAUGUAGCACUACCAUGUCCAAGAUUGUGCAGAAUAUCUGCAAGAGUAAAAAGGUUUUCCAGUGUGACACUUGUGGAAAAGUCUUUAAGUGUAAGUCAGGAUUAAAUGGACAUCUGAAGGUGCACACAGAUCAGAAACAGCAUUGUUGCGAAGUGUGUGAUAAAAGUUUCACAACUCGCACAAUUUUGACGAGACACGAGAGAACACACACGGGCAAGAGACCUUUUACUUGUAAAACUUGUGGGAGAAGUUUUAGCCAUAGAGCUUCUCUGCAGGUCCACGAGAGAACACACACAGGCGAGAAACCUUUUACUUGCAAAACUUGUGGAAGAAGUUUUAGCGGGAGAAAUACCCUGAAGAAACACGAGAGAACACACACGGGCGAGAAACCUUUUACUUGCAAAACUUGUGGGAGAAGUUUUAGCCAGAGACCUUCCUUGCAGAUCCACGAGAGAACACACACGGGCGAGAAACCUUUUAUUUGUAAAACUUGUGGGAGAAGUUUUAGCCAGAGACCUUCCUUGCAGAUCCACGAGAGAACACACACAGGCGAGAAACCUUUUAUUUGCAAAACUUGUGGGAGAUGUUUUAGCGAGAGAAAUGCCCUGAAGAAACACGAGAGAACGCACACAGGCGAGAAACCUUUUACUUGCAAAACUUGUGGGAGAAGUUUUAGCCGGAGAAAUACCCUGAAGAGUCACGAGAGAACACACACGGGCGAGAAACCUUUUACUUGCAAAUCUUGUGGGAAAAGUUUUAUUCAGAGAAAUCACCUGCAGGUCCACGAGAGAACACACACGGGCGAGAAACCUUUUUCUUGCAAAACUUGUGGGAAAAGUUUUAUUCAGAGAAAUCACCUGCAGGUCCACGAGAGAACACACACGGGCGAGAAACCUUUUUCUUGCAAAACUUGUGGGAAAAGUUUUAUUCAGAGAAAUAACCUGCAGGUCCACGAGAGAACGCACACGGGCGAGAAACCUUUUACUUGCAAAGCUUGUGGGAGAAGUUUUAGCAUGAGAAAUACCCUGAAGAGUCACGAGAGAACACACACGGGCGAGAGACCUUUUAUUUGCAAAACUUGUGGGAGAAGUUUUAGCGAUAGAACUACCUUGAAGAGACACGAGAGAACGCACACGGGCGAGAAACCUUUUACUUGCAAAACUUGUGGGAGAAGUUUUACAACUAAAAUGAAUCUGCAGGUCCAUGAGAGAACACACACGGGCGAGAAACCUUAUUCUUGCGAAGUGUGUGAUAAAAGUUUCACAACUCGCACAAAUUUGAAGAGACACGAGAGAACGCACACGGGCAAGAGACCUUUUACUUGUAAAACUUGUGGGAGAAGUUUUAGCCAGAGAGCUUAUCUGCAGGUCCACGAAAGAACACACACAGGUGAGAAACCAUAUCUUUGCAGAACCUGUGGAAAAAGAUUUGGUUACAAGUCAGUACUAAAAUCACAUAUGAGAGUCCACACAGGGGAGAAACUGCAUUCUUGCAAAUUGUGUGAAAAAAGUUUCACAACUAGCACAAAGUUGAAGCUCCACGAGAGAACGCACACAGGCGAGAAACCUUUUACUUGUAAAACAUGUGGGAGAAGUUUUAUUCAGAGGAUUACCCUUCAGGUCCACGAGAGAACGCACACAGGCGAGAAACCUUUUACUUGCAAAACUUGUGGGAGAAGUUUUAGCGAUAGAAAUAUCCUGAAGAGUCACGAGAGAACGCACACGGGCGAGAAACCUUUUACUUGCAAAACUUGUGGGAGAAGUUUUAGCCAGAGACGUACCCUGAAGAGUCACGAGAGAACACACACAGGUGAGAAACCUUUUAUUUGCAAAACUUGUGGAAGAAGUUUUAGCGAGAGAAGUACCCUGCAGGUCCACGAGAGAACACACACAGGUGAGAAACCUUUUAUUUGCAAAACUUGUGGAAGAAGUUUUAGCGAGAGAAAUAUCCUGAAGAGUCACGAGAGAACACACACGGGCGAGAAACCUUUUACUUGCAAAACUUGUGGGAGAUGUUUUAGCGAGAGAAAUACCCUGAAGAAACAUGAGAGAACACACACGGGCGAGAAACCUUUUACUUGCAAAACUUGUGGGAGAAGUUUUAGCCGGAGAAAUACCCUGAAGAUUCACGAGAGAACACACACGGGCGAGAAACCUUUUUCUUGCAAAACUUGUGGAAGAAGUUUUAGCGAGAGAAAUAACCUGAAGAGACACGAGAGUUUGCACACGGGGGAGAAACCUUUUAUUUGCAAAACUUGUGGAAGAAGUUUUAGCGAGAGAAAUCACCUGAAGAGUCACGAGAGAACGCACACGGGCGAGAAACCUUUUACUUGCAAAACUUGUGAGAAAAGUUUUAAAUGGGGAAGUAGCUUGAAAUUCCACAUGAGAAGCCAUACAGGUGAGGAGUCAUAUCCAUGUACAACUUGUGGGGAAAGAUUUGUUAUCAAAACCCUUCUAACAAAACAUUUGAGUACCCACACAUAGUGAAACAGAUAUUUUUUUAAAUUUAGGGAAGAUCUCUGACUUGCCAGUUUAUACAAAGUCCACAGGAUAAAUCAUCAAGUUGAGAAGCCACACCAUGGCAACACGAGAGGGAUAAGAUUUGCUUAAGCGUUGUCAAAGAAGUUGUUACUCAGUUAAUGAUUCAUUAAUUAGUGGUACAACAGUUGGCGAAAACAACACUGGAAAUGUUUCCAGAGGACCAAAAAAGUGAUGCACCUUGUUGUAGUUCAUUGCUUUAUGAAGUUCCAUCACCACUGAUGAGUAGCAGACUUCAAUAACUUCACAAAGCAUUGAACUACAGCCAGGUUCAUCACUUACAUCUACACAAGAGAGAUUGUGUACAUUUGCAUUAGCUGCAUCUCUGCAAAUGAAUGUGGGAAAUAUCCCAUUGAGGAGACAUCACAAUAUCUUUGAUGGUCAACCACAUUUGCUGAAGUACCCACGUUUCUGUUCUUCAUGUGACUGUCAUUGAUAUCUACAUCUGCAAAGGAAGUGAUGUUUUCAACCAUGUCUCUUUUUUUUUUCAUUUGUCAGCAAUUUAUACCAAAUGGUGCAGGAAGGGGACGGGGGUGAGAGCAAUGUAUUGGGUUAAAGUGACAGAUCCAGGAUAUGUUAUUAUCACUGAAUGUUGAGAGAUGUUGUUAAUGUUUCAGGAAAGACUGGAUCAAAAUGUAAAAAUCUGACAUUUGUUGUACAGAGAUUUAUAAUAACACAGUAUGUGGUGCAGAUUAUCAGAUUACUUCCCUGUUUCUUUUCUCUUUCUUUUACAAAGAAGAAAAUAUGUUGUUAAUGUGUACACAGUCCUAAAUGACUGUCACUGUAAAUGGUUAUUCUUGUGUACUACGUGUAUUCAAUACUUCAGUGCAUUUGCAGUUCAUCAAAGUUUCUUGAAUUAUGAUGAUGUAUUUUGUGUCUGUCACACGUUGAAUCUGCGUUAGUCUGUGUGGAGAAAAAUUCCCCUGACUAGGUGUCUCACUGCUAUGACCUUGAUAAACAGGAUGGAACCCUUAUUUGGUGAUGUUUUUCUUCCAACUGGUACCGCUGACGGACGGACACAGCAGAUAACACACAGAGGAGGAUCUCAUGUCUUCUUCUUUCUAAUAUCAUGUCUUAUGAAACUCCUCUUUGUAUAAGUUCUGGCUUUUGUGAACUUGCGGCCAGUUGUUCCAUUAUGAGUACACCUGCUUGUUGUAUAAACCCUGCAGAGCUUAUUAUUAUAAAGACU